GAAUGAACACAGGAAGUGUACAGCGUGAGACUGCAGUUUGACGUUCGCCGGGGCUGUUGGAGACAUUAAGGUAACAAGUUGUUGAGUUGGUGUCCACGUUUGCGUGUGCUCAGCUGAACAAAACAUAUAUCGAAACAGGUUUCAUUGUUAUAGGGACUACAUGUUUAUCUUAGGUAAGUUAUAGCUGUGUUUUAAGUAGCUUUCACUCAGCUGUUAGCAUGCACGCUAGUAGCUAACGGUAGCGAGUUAGCUGAUGGAGAAGAGUUUUUGUUCAGACAUGCUGACGGCGGUUAUAUUUUUGACAUGGAGGGGUGUGGACAUUUAAUAAGCCACCUAUCUUAUUCUGUUAUUGGUGUUCUUUGGAAACGAAACCGAAAGCUUGUUUGUCUGAGACAUUGUCGCCCAUUCAGGUCUAAAGUACAGAGACUAAAACACCUGCUCUGUGUCCCAGAAACUGUUUAUUCAUGUUAGAUCUGCUCUAACUUCAACUUAACCUUUAGUUUCUUCACUUCAUCAGAUAUACAGAUACAUUUAAGUUUUAUACCUGUUAGCCUACCAAACAAAAACAGAGUCAUGUUUGACUCAAAGUCUCAUAUUUGAGUGAUUUUUACCAGCAAGUACAUCCAACCAAACUAAAUCAGCCUUUGUUUGUGUAGAAACAUCUAAAGAUUAGACAGAUGUGCAAAUACUUACCUACGGUGGCCGAGAACCGACACUGCUACAAAUAAAAAAGAAUGCAAAAAAUAAAAAAGAAGUCAAACAGAAGUUACUGAUUCCAAAAAGGAAUCGAAUCCCGCUGCAAAUUAAAAAAGAAACCGUGCAGAUAAAACAAAAGCCGCGACGAAGGUUAAUGACGCACAAAAAAAAUGGGGAUGCAAAAAAAAAAGGUUACUUAUUGCGAAAAUAAGGAUGCAAAUAAAAAAACAACAGAAGUGAGCUGCUGGGAACCAAUAAUGAUGAUCACCGGUUAUUUGCAACAGUGGCAGUUCUCAGCCACCAUACUUACCAGAUCCCAAAGAAGUAAAAUAGCUUUUAUAGACCCUGACUACAGUCUAUGCUCUUCUAGUUUUUCUCUUUAUCCUGUAAACCACUCCUUUUGUCACUAUUUGUUUUUGUUUGUUGUUUCUCUCUACAUCUGCAACCCUCACCAGACAUUUAAGAAGAAGAAGAACUUUAUUGAUCCCUGAAGGGAAAUUUAAAAACUCAUAUUUUGCUUGACAUCUCCCUGUCUCCUCUACCCUUUUCUCUUUUCCAUUCAGUUCAUCCUUGUCAGUGUUAAAUCCCAGACUAAAGAUGGUGGAUUCCCAGUACUAUCUCCCCAACGACAUCGGCAUCUCUGCCCUUGAUUGCGGCGAGGCCUUCCGCUUGCUUUCGCCUCAGGAGAAGAUGUACUCCCACUACAUUUCACGUGCUGCUUGGUAUGUUACAGAUCUCAGAGUGACUAUAUAACAGUCUAAGUUGAUUGUAGAGGUGAACCCUGCUGAUUAGAUGAACAUUUUCUGUUACAGGUAUGGUGGUCUGGCAGUGCUGCUGCAGACUUCCCCAGAGUCUGCAAACAUCUUUGUCCUUUUGCAGAAAAUCUUCAGGAAGCAGGCGCCCGCGCAGCUGGAAAAGGUCGCCACAGCAGCUGGACUCAGCUCCGAGGAGUAUCAGGUCCUUACAUUAUGGCUAUUCUGCUGAUUUUGACACAGUUUUACAUCACAAAACUAUUGGAAAUUCCUUAUUUUAUUUCUAUUUUUGAUACAUAGGCCUUCUUGGUGUAUGCAGCAGGUCUGUACGCCAAUAUGGGAAAUUAUAAAUCCUUUGGAGACACAAAGUUCAUCCCAAAUCUUCCCAAGGUAAGAAAGCUUCCUGUUUAAUCUAUCUUUGUAACAGCAGGUGGACACAAUAAGAAUUUAACACAGACAAUGACCAGGAUAAAGAAUUCAGAUUUUUCUUAUUCAACAUCAACAUGCAACCAAAAUAGAAGUUCUUGGACAAGAGUACCAUUAAACUGCUGAGUUACUGUAUGUGUACUGAGAAGCUCAUGAUGCAUGUUACAAGUUUCUACAUCUGUGGUUUGUUCACCCAGGACAAACUGGAAGCUCUGGUGAAGGCCAGCCAGGCGUUUCAGGAGCAGCCCAGUGAGAUGGGGGCUCUGUGGGACGGCUGCUCGGGUCUCCUCUUCUCCCUGGAGAACAGGCAGAAGCAGCUGGGACUGGGUGACAAGGUGGGAUCUGGUGUCAUUUAAUGCAGAGUUUGGGUUGUCCUGGAUAGAUUUGACAGUUAACUCUUCGAUGUGCAGCUGAGACUGGAGAGUUUUUUUAUUUUCUGGAGCCCACAGAAUUCGACUAAAUCCUCUUCUUUUUGUCUGACAUUGGAUAGUUGAUUUAGAUUUAUGGAGGCCACUGAAUCAAGCUCUUUUUUUACUUUACAAGUAACCUAUUUGCUGAAAUGAUUGUUUAAUCAAGUAUUUAUUUCGUAUUUUUAUCAGGGAAUCACCACCUACUUCUCAGGAAACUGCUGUCUGGAAGAUGCUGAGCUGGCUCAGAAGUUCCUCGACUCCAAAGUAAAAUGAAUUUUCUGAUUGUUUGCUUCCUUGUCGCGCACAUUUACUAUUUUCCUGGUCCCUUUUCAUUUCUCCAUUUGAAAGCUUGAUCUUUGUUUUGUGCUCCUGGUUCAUAGAAGUUCAUAUUUUCUAAACUGCGUUUUUGUUGUUUUUCAAGAAACUGUCUGCCUACAACACCCGUCUGUUCAAGAGGGAAAAUGGAGGCAAAGCCUGCUAUGAGGUCCGCUUAGCUUCAUCUGUGCAGAAAGGUCAGAGAUUGAUGAAAAUAUUCAACAUUUAAUAAACGUAGAAAACAGAAAACUAGUGUUGAUUAAAUAGUAUGUUGACUCUCAACCAUAUGAUAGGUAUGUGUUAUUUUCGGCUCGCCAACACGUACAAUUUGAUGUAGUUAAUGAUGCUGAACAGGCUGAGCUUCAAGUAUGAACAUGUUCACUACUGUGUUGCAGACUGUGCAGUCGAUGGGGAGUGUGAGUCGUGCUGUGGAAGUUUUAACUUCGAAGGCAAAGAGUUCAGUGUAAAAAGAGGAGAUUACGCUCCAGUCAUGGAGAAAGUCUGCCACUAUCUCCAGAAAGCACAGGUAAGAGCUCCAGUUACAGACCUCAAAUUAAUUCUGUAUUAUGUUACACAACUGGAACCGGACUGCCAAAAUAUCAGGUGGACAGAGUGACAUGAAUUCAUCAUUUCAUGUUUUUCAAAACUGUAGUUAUUUAAGUUGUUAAAAUUGAUGCAUAUCAUUCAGAUUAGUACAAGAAAAAGAGGAGCCAGAGAUGACUGUAAUCCACAAAGGGUGAAUGUAAAGAGUUUUUCUUUCAGCAGAGCAAUCAGGUGAAGAAGAGCUGCCUAACCUUCAUCCGUGAAACUUAAGUUCUGUUUCCAAAUUCUUCACUCAGGCCUACGCUGCCAACGAGAACCAGAGAAAGAUGCUGGAGGAGUACUGCCGCAGCUUCACUCUUGGCUCCAUUGAGGCCCAUAAAGAGGGCUCACGCUACUGGAUCAAAGACAAAGGACCUAUUGUUGAGAGGUGAGCACACCGAACUGCUGCAAAAUCAAAUUAAUUUAACUCACUUUCACUUUUUGUGGAUCUAUCUGAAAAUUUUACAGCUCUAUCCCCAGUGAAAUUUAUUUUUGACCUUUUGCACCGAGUUUAAAUUCGAUCAAUCUUUCUUUUCCUAACUCCUCGAUCCCCGCUCCUCUGUCCCUCUGUCAGUUACAUUGGUUUCAUCGAGAGCUACAGGGACCCAUUUGGCUCUAGAGGAGAGUUCGAAGGUAAUUACCAAAGAGUUUUUCUUUUUUUUUAUAUUGGUGUGCAGCCUGUGAGCCAAUCGGCCUCCUUGGACUUUAUUCAGGUCUCCAGGUUUUAUUCCUCUGGUGCAGAGCUUGACACGACGAUGAGAAAUUUUACACAGUGGUUAAAGUCGUUCAAACUGUAAUUAAAGCAGAACAAAUGUAGUAAAUUAUCUCUUGUUUGGAAAUGUUGGAGCCAAUGUUUAGUUCCAGCUGUGAUUGCAUCAAUGUUAGGCUAACACAUGCUGUAACAGAUGGUAUUAAUAACCUACGACAGGGUUUUUCCUGGCUCAAAUUGAGGCAGAGGUGGCACCAUCCUGACCAUGCGCCAUGACGUGCAUGUAUUUGUAAAUUCAACUGACUCAUUUUCUUUUACAGGCAACAUACUUUAAGUUAAGAGUUCAAAAAAGAGUGUGACCAUUAUCAUGUUAAAGCAUUCAUUUAUUAAAACUAUAUACAUACACAAAUCAGCUGGCAACUUUAAAUUGAAAGUACACUUCAUCCACACAUCUCACAACCAGACAGAACAUUUCAGCCUCCUCUUUUUCAUUCUGUAGAACCUCCUCAUGCACUCCUUGUAGUCCAAGGCCUCCUGGUCUGGUCCAUCAACGGCCACCUUACAACAGACAUCCAAGUGCCUUUCCUUCAGUCUGUUCCGCAGAGGUGUCUUCACCUUAAACAAAACAAUUCAUCAUGCAUUAAGUAUUUUUGUUUUUAUUCUGAUACAGACAUGAAGAGUGAUAGUGUUUUAAUCAUAUAUUAUAUAUAUGUAUACGUUGCAGUGUCCUCCCUAAAAAAACGACAACCAAUUAUUUCUUAAACUAUCUAAACUAUGUUAUUUUAGUUUUUGUAACUUUAUUAGUUGAGUGUUUUUAGGUACUACAAUGUUUAAUAUACUUCUCCAUCUCUUCUGCUGCUUUGUGAACGGCUGUCACCUCAUGUCUUUUUAAUGUGUCCAGCCUGUAGUUGGUUGAUGGCUGUCUCACUAAGGAGGCAGCAAUUGCCUGCUGUGUUGGGGCACAGUGCUUUUGGCAUAAAUAGCAGUGCAUGCCUUCCUCAGUAUGCCUGAGCCAGGUAAAUUGAUUGAGCCACUGCUUGUCAAAGCCACUGGCUCUGUGUUUUUGAGAAGAUCUAGAAAGAGAAAUAAAAACCACGUACACGUUGGUUUUGCGUUGUUAUGCUCCUAAUUGGAAACUAAUUAAUUAAUUACCCUCACCUCGCCGACUCGUCCUGUCCUGCAUUCUGACCCUCGCGAUCACCAGUCCCUUGUGAAGUACUUUCAGACCUGAAAACAAUUGUCCACGUUGUCCCCACCAUGAGUUAUAGCAUUUUAACUGCCUGUUACGUUUUUUCUCUGCUGUGUUUCACCUGGACUCUUGACUUUCCUCCUCGCGAGGUCGCUUUUUAAAGUACUGUCUGAUUUUGCCUGUCAUAACUGCAACGCUAAAAACGGAGUAAACUUUUUUUUUAAUAAACACGUCAUGCUUGGAUGCAAAAAAGACAAGCAGUAUUUACCUGUUUGUACCAGCCGCCGGGGAAAAUCAGGUCGCCGAUAGCACCAACUAGCGGGAAAAAAACUUGAAAAAACAUGAUUCGAUCCGUUUCUUCUUCGGUAGAUGCUUCAGGUCUUUCCGGUGCACUGCUGUUGAUAUAGCGCCUUUAUAGUGGCGCAACCCUGCAACUGCAGUUAAAAUACGUUGCUGCUGCAGAGGGACAUCAUACACUCAAUCAACACAGCUGGAGCUUUACGCUGUGUUGAGCGAAAUCAAUCGCUCUGGCUGGGGGCGGCACAAAAUUAGGUGGAGGCGGCCGCCACGCAAUUUUGAACGCAGGAAAAACCCUGUACGAUAACAAAAGAAAGACGGUUAAUGAAGUUGGUACUCUGCCAUCAGUCUAGACUCGAAUCUAGGAUUAACCCUUAGUUUAAAUCACUGCGGGGUUUGUUGGUUUUUCUUGACCUUUUCUUCUCCCACCAUUUAACUUCCUGUCAUCUGAAUCGUGAUGUCACCUCCAGGUUUUGUUGCGGUUGUAAACAAAGCAAUGAGCGAGCGUUUUGCCAAACUGGUGAGCUCAGCAGAAGUCCUGCUCCCCGAGCUGCCUUGGCCCAGAGAAUACGAGAAGGACACUUUCCUUAAACCAGACUUCACCUCGCUGGAUGUCCUCACCUUUGCUGGCAGUGGAAUCCCAGCUGGCAUCAACAUACCCAACUGUACGCACGCGUAAAUACAGACCCGCUGUUCAGAUGUUUGGAUGUUUUUAGUUUAAGCGGUCUCUCCGUUUCACUAACUUGAAAACCUUUUGUUCGGUUGUGCACAGACGACGACAUCAGACAGUCGGAGGGCUUUAAAAACGUGUCGCUGGGGAACGUGCUGGCUGUGGCCUAUGCUACACAGAAAGACAAACUCACCUUCCUGGAGGAGGAGGACAAGGUAACACAUGCAGCUUCCUGAGCCUUUAUGGCACACAUGCUAAUUACGGUGAUUCUUAACUUGUGUGUGUGUGUGUGUGUGUGUGUGUGUGUGUGUGUGUGUGUGUUGCUUGUUAUUCUAGGAUAUGUUUAUCAAGUGGAAGGGACCAUCAUUUGAGGUUCAGGUCGGACUUCAUGAGCUGUUGGGACAUGGAAGUGGCAAGCUGUUUGUCCAGGUCAGUCAGACCUUCUGCUUUUAUACAGUCACAUUAGUAUUACAUUGUUUACAUUGUUUUAUGCCAGGAUUAGAUUUUAAAACGUGUGCAGCCGUUCUUUGACAAGAAUCUAAACAGCUUUCCAUAUUUGAAUUUAUUGAAGGAUAGUCCCUUGAGAUGUAGCAUCUCAUUUUCAAGGGGGUCCCUAAACACACAUACAUAGAACUGUGGACACAUUACAAUACAUUAACAUACAUAACAUAUAACAAAUACAGACAUCUUGCUCACCCUACUCCCACACACAACCCCAACCAACACACGCCUAACAUACAAAGUACACAAAACUUAUUAACAAGGAAAAAUAAUGUGAAUAUAAAUGCAAAAAAGUAAAGAAAAUAAAUCAGAAACAUGAGCAAACAUCAGCUUUUCAUAUUCAGUGAUUCUUAUUAAACUCAUGUCUGAUUAUAAAACUGUCAUCUGAAUUGAAAUCUGUUAAUCUUCAUCCCUUUUCUCACAGGAUGACAAGGGAAAGUUCAACUUCGACCAAAGUAAAGUGACAAACCCCGAGACUGGCGAGCUGGUGAGUUAUGUGUUUUUUUUCUCAAGUAUCAAAUAUUCUUCUCUCUGUAUGAAGUUUUCCCCACACCUACUAAGCGUGUCUGUCUCUUUAAGGUGUCCAGCUGGUAUCAGGGCAGUGAGACAUGGGACAGCAAAUUCUCCACGAUUGCUUCCUCGUACGAAGAAUGUCGCGCUGAAUGUGUCGGACUCUAUUUGUGUCUCAACAAGCAAGUGCUCAGGUAUUUCAUGAUUCUCUGUGUAACAACAUGUACAGUCAUGGACAUUUGAUCAUAAUGUGAAUUACGCCAAAUCUUCUGAAUCCCCAAGAAUCUAUUGAUGGGGGGGGGGGGGGGGGUAUUUAGUGGCAAAGGGUCAUUACAGAUCUAUCCUUGUAGUUCUAUUAUUCAAACGAAACUUGUUCAAGAGCCUUUAGUUUACUUAGAAAUCCGACAGAUUUACAAAUGGGACUAUUUGUGAUUUUUUUACAUCUUAACAUUGAAUUAGCAAGUAGGGCCGCAACGAUUAGUCAACAUAUCGACAAAAGUCGAUGAUGAAAAAAGUCGCCAGAUGUGUUUUUUCCCAGUGGAAUGAGUCGUCUUACUUCAUUACGAUCUCUGCCUAGAGUCACACAUGCACAAUAGUGUCUUUGCCAAGCCGUAUGGUAUUCUAACAUGGCGGCACCGGCGUCCCAUACAGCAGCUACGAGUACGCGCUUAGAAAACUUUCAAGUUUGGGAGCACUUUAGCCAAGAUAAGGUGAAACAAAAAUAACUUGCAAAGUUUGCAAAGGAGGCCUGAUGCACGAACAUUUGGGAAGAAGGCACGUCAGAAUGUGGGAUGAACAGUUAUGCUGCUUUUGAGUUACCUCAGAAGUCAGAUGUCGGAGCUGAAAAUGACGUCACACCCGAGUUGCCGGCUAUUAAAUUACCAAAUCAAAAAAAAGCAAAAUCGGAGGCCUGAAACAAGAUGGCUACAUCUACGAGGGUUAUUUUUGCACUAGCCUUAUAUUCGGACAGGGCUAGCUCUAAAAUAACUUUCGUAGAUGUAGCCAUCUUGUUCCUGCUUCGGAUUUUGCUUUUUUGUGACUUUGUAAGUGAAACGCUGGGAACUUGGGUGUGACGUCAUCUUCAACUUUGAUGUCUGACUUCUGAGGUAACUUGAACGCAGCAUAACCUCAGAAGUUUGGGAGCACUUUACCCUUGAUAAGGCGGAAAAAAAAAAUAACUUGCAAGGUUUGAAAAACAGACCUUGUGUAUCAUGGCAACACGUCAGCGAUGCAUGAACAGUCGAGGAGAAGGCACGUCAGAAUGUUGGCUGAACAGUUAGCCUUGCCUCGUCAAGAUAUUAGCUUCAUAAUAAGCAGACUGUCAAUUGGUUUUAGGUCGGACUUUAUUUACUUUUUGUAUGAACCAGCCUGUCAGCAGCAAAGUUCAAUAAAAUGCUUUUUUUAUUGACUUUCCCAUAAUUCUUGUGUUUAUUAUCAUUGCCACUUAAUUAAAGCAACCUUAUGUUAAAUUUAAGAAAAAAAUCAUAAUUAUCCGAUUAUUAUAGUCGAAUAACCAUUUUAAUAUGACUAUAAAUAGUCAUUUGUCAAUAGUCAAUAGUCAGCCCUGUUAGCAAGCUGUAUUUAUCAGAUGACCUAUGCUGGAGUCUUCUAUGUGCUACCGGUUAUGAGUCAUCUAUGACCGAGUUAAUAACAGACUCAUAUAAAUGUAGUGGGAAUUGUGUCUCCUGGCGGUGACCUACAUCUACAGUUUUCCUUGUUUCUUGUUCCAGUAUUUUUGGCCACGAGGACCAGGAUGCGGAGGACGUCGUGUACAUCAACUGGCUGAGCAUGGUGAGAGCCGGACUGUUGGGCCUGGAGUUCUACACACCUGAGAGCAAGAGCUGGAGACAGGUAAUCCAUCUGCUUUUCUCCUCUCUGUGUUUCUCUCUUCUCUUUACACGGACUGCCUAGCAACAUGUAGUCCUGAAUCUCACCUCUAAUUCGUAAAGAUCUUCAGAGAUACAUGGUGUUUGGUGAACAGUGUUUACAAGACAAGUCAACAUAAGAGACAAUGAGGGAUGUGGUUUUUUUAUAAACUGGCUGCAACAGUCUCAAGUGUCUGCAUAGUUUGAAAUCACACCUUUAGUUAAGUUGGUCUGAGUUUAUAUUGGUGUCAGACGAUGUAUAUAGAGUAUGUCACAUGAACGUGUGUGUGUGUGUGUGUGUGUGUGUGUGUUUCAGGCUCACAUGCAGGCUCGUUACGUGAUCCUGCGUGUCUUGCUGGAGGCUGGGGAGGGUCUGGUCGGCCUGGAGGAAGUGACAGGAAAGGACGGAAAGCCUGACGCUCGAAUCACACUGGACCGCAGCAAGAUCCACACUGUGGGCAAGAACGCCAUCCACAGGUUCCUCCAGAAACUGCAGGUAUUUUCAGACUCGGUACAACAUGAACAAACUGAGGAGAACAUCAUGAAAACUGAACAGUGGCCUGUUCACCUCUCUAUUUGAUACAUUGCUGACCUGAUCCCAUCAAUCUGCAGGUGUUUAAGUCGACAGCAGACGUGGAAGGAGGCAGAGCGAUGUACAACGGCUACUCUGCCGUCAGUGACAGCGGCGCCCACAACUUCCUGCGGCUCCGGGAGACGGUGCUGUUGAGGAAAGAGGCUCGUAAAAUGUUUGUCCAGGCCAACACCAGAGUCAAGGGUAUGUACUUCAAGCUUCGGAAAGGUCUGGGUAUGCUGUAUUGCAUAGGCUGUGAUUGUUUAUGUGUGUGUGACUGUGUGCUUUCUAGGGGACAGCGUAGAGCUCAUCGAGUACGAAGGCAGCGCAGCAGGUUUGAUCCGCUCCUUCACUGAGCGGUUUGAGGACGACGCAGAGAAGGUGGAGGCCGACCUUUUGGAGAUGAGCAAAAGAGACGCCUCCUGCUGGUGAUGAUGGAUAGAAGAUCUGCUCCAAAGCCCUCAAAAGUAUCAUUUCAUUUUCUUUUUUUUUUCUUUUUAAUCACACCAUUUAUGAAUUCAGAAUAAUCCUUGAUGGAUAAAACAUCAAACUGCUGGAUAAUUUACAAGUUCAAAGAUUUGUACAGCGGUUAAAGCCAUAAAAUCAUCUGAGUAUUUUCCAGUCUCAGACCAUUGUCAGUUGUUUUUUUUUGUCUUUUUAAAUGAACAAAUAGAAAUAAAAUGUUGACAGUUAACUUUGUUGGAUGCAUUUGGGAAUCAAACUCCACUAAUGACAAGAAUUCAAACCAAUGCUGCCGGUCAGGACAGAUUCAGUGUGAACGCACAAAGUGGUUCCUCCUUUCUGAUCACGGUAAAGCCGGUACCCUCCUGAAAUUUUGUCUAUGCACAGAUAUUUAAUGUCAUCUUCGUCAAAAAAUCGAUCCAUCUUCACAGCAUCUCAAGUAAAGAACAUUAGUCCGGCCGAGGUGUGGAUGAUUUGACACGUCUGUGGAGCAGCUGCUGCUGUAGUUUCUACUUAACGGUCAAAGUAAAAAUUUCCUUUUAAAAUAAACGAUGAACUGACUGUAAAAAAAAAACGGUGAUGUACGAAAGAAUUAAGUUGAAUCUGCUGAAUUAAAGUCUGUUUGAUAUUUCAG